GUCUUAGAAAGACAAGUACAUUUCACCAAACCCCAAUUAAACAAACACAACCUACUAAAACUUGAAUUCAACUCCUUUUCUUUCUCCCUAACCAAAUGCCUCUCUCUGCUUUCUCUGCUAUAUUUCUACCUCUCUGUUUUCCUUCUCUGCUCAGUGAAUCUUCUUCUGUUACCCAAAACUCUCUCUUCCUCCACCACCAUGCACCCUUUUCGCCGCAAGGCCCCUCUCUUCAACUCAGAAGCAGUGGCUAUGAAGGGCCGCAAGAACAGCAACCUCUCCAUUUUCGUGGUGGUUUUCUCCAUUUGUCUCUUUGGGGUGUUCAUGUACAACGAGGAUGUGAAAUCAAUAGCAGAGUUUCCAUUUUCUUCAAGGCCUAAAUCUCAAGAAACAGCACAAGAAGUGGAGUCAAAACAUGUUGUUGAGUCUGUUCAAGUGGAUCCAAGAAGAGACAUGGAAUUGGAAGAUACUGUUGUUUUUGAAAAGGAUGGUGAGAAAGAAGAUGAAGAUACCACCAAGAAAGGCACUGUGAGGGUCACUGUUUCCAAGAAUUCAAGAGCUCAGCUUGAGAAGAAGAGCCAGGAUGAUGGUGAUGAAGAUUCUGAUGAAACACAACAAGAGCGCGUAGAGUUGAAAACGGUGGUGGCCAAGGCAGAGGAGGAGGAGAAAGAGGAGAAGAUUGAAUUGCCAGAAGGGGAGGAAGAGAAAGAAGAGGAAGAAGAAGUGGAAGUGGUUGAGUUGCCACCAGAAGAUUGUGACUUGUUUACAGGGGAGUGGGUUUUGGAUAACAUGACACACCCUUUGUACAAAGAAGAUGAAUGUGAAUUCCUCACUUCACAAGUGACAUGCAUGAAGAAUGGAAGAAGAGAUUCCAUGUACCAGAAAUGGAAAUGGCAGCCUAGAGAUUGCUCUUUGCCUAAGUUCAAACCAAGACUCUUGUUUGAGAAGAUCAGAGGGAAGAGGCUUUUGUUUGUUGGAGACUCACUGAAUAGGAACCAGUGGGAAUCAAUGGUUUGUAUGGUCCAGUCUGUGGCUCCUCCAGAACAAAAGACCUGGUACAAGAAUGGUUCUUUUGCCAUCUUCAAAAUUGAGGAGCCGGAUCACAUUACUACAACGGUGGAAUUCUAUUGGGCACCAUUCCUUGUGGAGUCAAAUUCAGAUGAUCCAGAAAUGCACAGCAUAUUGAACCGUAUAAUCAAUCCUGAAUCAAUUGAGAAACAUGGUGAGAAUUGGAAGAAUGUGGACUACCUGAUCUUCAACACCUACAUAUGGUGGAUGAACACUUUCAAUAUGAAAGUCUUACGAGGGUCGUUUGAUGAAGGGUCCACGGAGUACGAUGAGAUCCCAAGGCCAGUAGCAUAUGAGAUAGUCCUCAGGACAUGGUCAAAAUGGGUUGAUGAGAAUAUUGACCCAAAUCGAACCAAAGUUUUCUUCAGCAGCACGUCCCCUCUUCAUAUCAAGAGUGAGGACUGGAACAACCCAGAUGGUAUAAAAUGUGCAAAGGAAACCACUCCAGUUCUCAACAUGUCAACUCCAUUGGAUGUAGGCACAGAUCGUCGCCUUUUUGUCAUUGCAAACAAUUUAACACAUUCAAUGAAGGUGCCAGUGUACUUCAUCAACAUCACUACCUUAUCAGAGUUUAGAAAAGAUGCGCAUACCUCUGUUUACACCAUACGUCAAGGCAAAAUGUUAACUCCAGAACAACAAGCUGACCCUGCUACUUAUGCAGAUUGUAUACAUUGGUGUUUACCAGGAUUACCCGACACUUGGAAUGAGUUCAUUUAUACACGUAUCAUAUCUCAAUCUUGACCCACAACAUAUACAUAUCUUCACACAAUACACUUAUUUUUGCCCUUUACUUCGUUAUUACUUCUCCUUUUACCUUAAGAAGCAAGCCCUGUCUCUUUUUUUUUGUCUCUGUCAGUUUUUUGUAAGUCACUUCUUAUUAGGCCUUUUUUAGGACUUGGGCAAUUUUUAAACCAUUUACUUCAUUAUGUUUAUUUGUUAAGCCAAUUUAGGCGAGAAUGGAAGGCACAGCAAGAACAUUAAUUGUACAAUGAAUACUUGUUUCUUGAAUGAAGAGAACAAUAAAGCAUCAAGGUUUUGUUCAGUUUA